GUGAAGCAAUCUGAAGGAAAUUCAAGACCACAGAACUUACUGACUGAACCACAUUGUAUUGUUCAUGCCAAGAAUAAGUGUUUGGAGAAAGACCUUGCUCUUCUGCUAAAUCAUGAUGGAGGCAGAAGAACAACAGCCAUGGAAGACAACCUUUUACUCAGAAUUACCUAAAGUGGAACUUCAUGCCCACUUGAAUGGAUCCAUUAGUUCCAAUACCAUAAAGAAAUUAAUAGCCAAGAAGCCAGGUCUUAAAAUCCACUCUCAGAUGACUAUGAUUGACAAGGGAAAGAAAAGAACUUUAGAAGAAUGUUUCCAGAUGUUUCAAAUUAUUCAUCAGCUUACUACUGGCCCUGAAGAUAUUCUAAUGGUCACGAAAGAUGUCAUUAAAGAAUUUGCAGACGAUGGUGUCAAGUACCUGGAGCUAAGGAGCACGCCCAGAGAAAAUGCUACAGGAAUGACUAAAAAGACUUAUGUGGAAUCUGUACUUGAGGGUAUAAAACAGUCCAAACAAGAAAACGUAGACAUUGAUGUUAGGUAUUUGAUAUCAGUCGACAGAAGAGGUGGCCCUUCAGUAGCCAAGGAGACUGUUAAACUUGCUGAAGAGUUCUUCCUUUCUACUGAGGAUACAGUUCUUGGCCUUGACCUCAGUGGAGACCCUACUGUAGGACAAGCAAAAGACUUCUUGGAACCUCUUUUAGAAGCUAAAAAAUCAGGUCUGAAGUUGGCAUUGCAUCUUUCAGAGAUUCCAAACCAAAAAAAAGAAACACAAGUACUCCUGGACCUGCUUCCUGACCGAAUCGGGCACGGCACAUUUCUCAACUCCUUGGAGGGAGGAUCCCUGGAUCUGGUGGACUUUGUGAGGCAACACCAGAUACCACUCGAACUCUGUUUGACCUCGAACGUCAAAAGUCAGACAGUUCCAUCUUAUAACCAGCAUCAUUUUGGAUUCUGGUACAGCAUUCUCCAUCCUGCCGUGAUCUGUACCGAUGAUAAGGGUGUUUUUGCAACACACCUUUCUCAAGAGUACCAGCUGGCAGCUGAAACAUUUCAUUUGACCCAGUCUCAGGUGUGGGAUCUGUCUUAUGAAUCCAUCAGCUACAUCUUUGCUUCUGACAGCACCAAGUCUGAUCUGAGGAAGAAGUGGAAUCAUCUGAAGCCAAAAGUGUUCCAUUUUUAAGCUGUAAUGAGGUGAACUACUUGCGAGUAUGUAUUACAACCUAGAUCUCCCUGCUGUAUCCCACUUAGUAAGCUGUCCACUGCUCCCUCCCGUGGAAGCAUAGCAGCCAAGUGCCGUGGGCUCCAACACUAGCACCUUACUCAUGGCGGAUGCCCAGUAAGUCUCUCUUAAACUGACAGGCAGGCUCUGAGGUCGUCCAUGGCUCACCUCCAUGCUGCUUACAGGAAGGGACUUGAAAGUUGCUGCUCACUGAACUCCCCAUUCCAGCAGUGAUUUUGACUUAACAGUCCUUCAUUAGUGAUCAUGAAACUUCAAGAAAAUCAAAGUAGGUUCUCAUCAGGAAAAGUUUUGGAAUUACUAGUCUAAAUAAGGUGAAGAAAGAAGGAAAAACAGAUUGUCGCCAAAACCUUUAA